AUUUCAAUGAAUACCAUGGUGUUUACGUGGUACUCCAGGUUACUUUCCACAAAUAGGGUACAAAGUUUGUACCCUCCAGAAAGGAGGGGUUUCUCCAGACAUGGCAACCUCGACAGAAAGACACGCGAUUUUACUGGAUUUCCUGUUUCCGGAAUUCCGAACGGACUGACUGGCUGUCGGCGAAUGAAAUAAACAAAGACUUACAAAUCAGACUCCAACACCUCCUCUCCUCACCUGCAAACAUGGACACUGGACUGAGUCAGGAGAAAGCAUCAGCUUUUGUCAAGCGCUUCCGCUCGGAGCCUCGAUAUCUGCUCGCCCAGAACGUCUCAACUUGCAUUGAUCCAUUAGAGGUGUGUCUGCAUCGGCAGACGGUCCAGGACACAGUACACAUCUUCCAGCACAGCAUUCCCACAGAGGGCAAACCUGUUACCAACCAGAAAAAUUCAGGGAGAUGUUGGAUCUUCUCAUGUCUCAAUGUAAUACGUCUUCCAUUUAUGAAGAAGUUUAACAUUGAAGAAUUUGAAUUCAGUCAGUCUUAUCUUUUUUUCUGGGAUAAGGUGGAGAGGUGCUAUUAUUUUCUGCAUGCCUGUGUGGAGACAGCCCAGCGGAAGGAGUCAGUAGAUGGCAGACUGGUUCAGUUCCUGCUAUCAAAUCCUACCAAUGAUGGUGGACAGUGGGAUAUGCUAGUUAACCUUAUUGAAAAAUACGGUGUCGUCCCUAAGAAGUGCUUCCCCGAGUCUCACAGCUCAGAGGCUUCCCGAAGAAUGAACGAUAUCCUCAAUCACAAGUUGAGAGAAUAUUGUCUAAGGCUGAGGAACAUGGUGGCCAGUGAAGCCACUAAAACUGAGCUGUCUGACACUAUAGACACCAUGAUUGAGGAGGUGUUUCGAGUGGCCAGUGUGUGUCUGGGCAGUCCUCCAGACACCAUCUGUUGGGAAUACCGGGACAAGGACAAGAACUUUCACCGCAUGGGCCCAUUAACUCCUUUGGAGUUCUACACACAGCACGUCAAACCCCUCUAUAACCUCCAGGACAAGGUCUGCCUCGUUAACGACCCUCGGCCCCAAAACCCCUAUGGGAAGCUGUACAGUGUGGAGUUUCUGGGCAACAUGGUGGGCGGCCGCAAAACACUUUACAACAACCAGCCCAUCGAGCUGCUCAAAAAAGCUGCUGCAGAUUCCAUCAAGAAUGGAGAGGCGGUGUGGUUUGGCUGUGACGUAGGCAAACAUUUCCAUAGCAAACUGGGCAUCAAUGACAUGAAUGUGUUUAACCAUGACCUGGUGUUUGGCAUCUCAGUGAAAAACUUAUCUAAGGCGGAAAGGUUGAUCUAUGGAGACUCCAUGAUGACCCACGCCAUGAUCCUGACUGCCGUUACUGACAAGAAUGGAAAGGAGGAAUGCUAUGAGAAGUGGCGUGUGGAGAACUCGUGGGGAGACGAUCGUGGGAAUAAAGGAUAUCUGAUCAUGACAGACGAGUGGUUCUCCGAGUAUGUAUACGAGGUGGUGGUGGAUAAGAGUUACAUCCCUCCUGAAGUGCUGGACGUCAUGCAGCAAGACCCCGUCGUCCUCCCGGCCUGGGACCCCAUGGGAGCCCUGGCUUAACCACAGGAGCCAAAGGCACCAGUCUCCUUGACUCUGCCGCCAACUGGUUUUUAACCUUCCCAUCAUCUCUCACAAAAAGCCUGGUCUAGAUAAAAAAAAAAUAAAGUUUUUUUGUCUCUUUUUUAUUAUCA